UUAACGCCUUAACCUAUUCACAACAACUUGUUGUUGCCGCACUUCCCAGUUCCCAUUCACCUCCCUCUCCUCCUCCUCUGCAGAAGAGCGAGCCUUUCUUCUUGUUCUUCUUCCUCCCAGUUGCGCCGGCGGCACCUCUAUUCAAGAGUGAACAGAUAUGACAGAACAAGAAUUGUCGUCGUCGCAGAGUUUGAUUCUCUGUCCUCAAAGUUUUGGAGCUCAUAUUGAGUUUGAUUCUCAUAGUUUUGGAGAUGAUGAUAGUAAUGCACUACUUUUACCAGCUAAGGGGGGAAUGAAGAAAAGGAAAGGAGUGAAACAAGAACACGGACCGGUCAAAUCGAAUAAGAAACAGAAGUUGAGCAAACCUCAGAAAAGGAAGGUGAACAAGUUAGAGGAUGAUGAGCAGAAGAAGCUUCUGCUGGAAAAAGCCCUUAAGACAUUAAAUGAAAACUCACUUCCGGAGUAUGCAUAUCCUCUUCUGCAGUCAUCUUGCAAUAUCAAUCGGGAUGAGACUGUGAAGGAAAAGCGUAGGAGGGCUGUACAUUUAUUGAAAGAAGGAUUGGAGGGUCUUUGUGGAGAUGAGCUGUCCAAGAAACAGGAUUUCUCCGAUAGAGCUGAACCUGAGACAGAAGAGGUCCAUUCGCCGCAGACUCAGGAACUUGAAGAAAAUGACACCAUUCCCCCAAUUGCAACAGAAAUAGAAGUCUUGGAUAGGACAUCUGUUCCAUUGGAGCCCUCUCGAGAACCAGUUCAUGGAAAUGAAGUUAUAAAUUGUAAAUCUGAUGCUCAACCUCUGCCUGUCAUUUCCAUUGACAAGAAACCGGGUGAAAUCAGAAGUUCUUCUUCCACAUCUUGUUCCAAUGAUGAGAUAAAAAACACAAACUUAAAGGAUAGGAUAGAUGUGAACCCUGCCACCAAUUUCAAUGAAUUGAGCAACCUUCCAGAUGUUUCUGCACAGAAACUUUCAACUGCUGCUACUGUUGUGCAUGUCUACAGACCACAUGAGGUUGAAGACAAAAGAAAGGAUCUGCCAAUAGUCAUGAUGGAGCAAGAGAUAAUGGAAGCUAUAACUGACCAUUCCCAUGUUAUCAUAUGUGGAGAAACUGGAUGUGGUAAAACAACUCAAGUUCCCCAGUUUCUUUACGAAGCUGGCUACGGUUCAAGUAAGUCUCAUGUUCACAAAGGUAUUAUUGGUGUUACUCAACCACGUCGGGUGGCUGUUCUUGCCACAGCAAAGCGUGUUGCAUAUGAGCUUGGUCUUCGUCUAGGAAAGGAAGUUGGUUUUCAAGUUAGAUAUGACAAGAAAAUUGGAGAAAGUUGUUCUAUCAAGUUUAUGACGGAUGGCAUUUUGCUACGUGAGCUUCAGAAUGAUAUUUUAUUGAGCCGGUAUUCUGUCAUAAUUCUUGAUGAAGCUCAUGAGAGGAGCUUGAACACAGACAUUCUGAUCGGGAUGCUCUCGCGUAUAAUUAAAACUCGCCAAAAGUUUUAUGAUGAACAACAGAAGGUGAUCCUUUCAGGGGGAACUAUAUGUCCUGAAAAAAUGGUUUUUCCGCUAAAACUUGUGCUCAUGAGUGCCACCUUGCGAGUUCAAGACUUUACUUCUGGUAGGUUAUUCCAUACUCCCCCACCUGUGAUAGAAGUUCCUACGAGGCAAUUUCCAGUAACGGUAUAUUUCGCAAAGAAAACCGAAAAAACAGAUUAUAUUGGGGCAGCAUAUAAGAAGGUUUUGGCAAUUCACAAGAGGUUGCCACCUGGGGGCAUACUUGUCUUUGUCACUGGACAAAGGGAAGUAGAGGACUUGUGCAGGAAGCUACGCAAAGCUUCGAAGGAGUUUGUCACGAAAAAACUUAAAGGGUCUGUCGUAAAUGAUAGCACUGUGGUCCCUGAAACAAGUUCUGUUGAGGGAAUAGAUAUCAGUGAGAUCAAUGAAGCGUUAGAGAUUCGUGGAAGCUCAUCCAUCCAGCAAACUGAUAGGUUUAGUGGUCAUGAUGAAGAUGAAGAUGGUAUAGAUGAGAAUGAAUCGGAUGAUUUUUCUUAUUAUUCAGAAGAAGAGAGUGAACUGGAAUUCAAUAAUGAUGAUGAUAAUCUUGAUCAUUCAAAGAACAAGAAUAAUAUUGUGGAUGUCUUAGGACAAGAAGGAAGUCUUGCUUCACUGAAGGCUGCUUUUGAAAAUUUGUAUGGGCAAGCUCCGUUAAGCUCCUCGAAUGGGGAGCAGGCAAUUUCUGUUAAUACAGGUAAUGAAUUAGACCAACCAAAAGUCGUCAGCGAGAAAAUGGCUAAAGAAAACUGCAGUCCUUCUCCAGGUCCUCUCUUUGUUCUACCACUUUAUGCCAUGCUGCCUGCUGCAGCUCAACUUCGUGUAUUUGAAGGAGUCAAGGAGGAAGAGCGGCUUGUUGUUGUUGCUACAAAUGUUGCUGAAACUUCUUUGACGAUCCCAGGGAUAAAGUAUGUGGUUGAUACUGGAAGAGAAAAGGUGAAGAAAUAUGACUCAUCUAAUGGCAUGGAGACAUAUGAAGUACAAUGGAUAAGUAAGGCAUCUGCUGCUCAACGUGCAGGCAGAUCUGGAAGGACUGGACCUGGGCACUGCUAUCGUCUCUAUUCUUCUGCAGCCUUUAAUAACGAGUUUCCUGAUUACUCUCCUGCUGAAGUUGAGAAAGUACCUGUUCAUGGUGUUGUCCUUCUCUUGAAAUCCAUGCAUAUUAAGAAGGUUGCAAACUUCCCAUUUCCUACUUCUCUCAAGGCUGCCUCCCUGCUUGAAGCUGAGAAUUGCUUGAAAGCUCUUGAAGCACUUGAUAGCAAGGAUGACCUCACGCUUUUGGGAAAAACCAUGGCACUUUAUCCCUUGAGUCCUCGUCAUUCUAGAAUGAUGCUCACUGUUAUAAAAAAUACAAGGUACGGGCAUGAAUAUAAUCCAAGUCUGAUUUUGGCUUAUGCUGUUGCAGCUGCUGCAGCAUUGAGUUUGCCAAAUCCGUUUGCGGUGCAAUAUGAAGGAAAUGAUUGCAGUAAAGAUUCAGUGACGUCUGAGAAACCUAGCAUGGAAGACAGUGAGAAGGACAUUGAUAAAAAAGAGAAGUUGAGAAGAAAGAAACAAAAAGAAGCUGCUAAAGUUGCACGCAGAAAAUUUCGAGUUGACACUAGUGAUGCUCUAACCAUUGCUUAUGCUUUGCAAUGUUUUGAACAAUCACAAAAGUCGGUAGAUUUCUGUGAUGACAAUGCAUUGCAUUUCAAAACCAUGGAGGAAAUGUCCAAACUUAGACAACAGCUACUUAAACUGGUAUUUUAUCAGAGUGAUAAAGGUGGUUUUCAAGAGUACUCAUGGAUUCAUGGAACACUAGAGGAUGUUGAACAUGCUUGGUGGGUUUCUUCUGCAAAAUAUCCUCUAUCUCUGGUUGAAGAAGAGCUCAUCUGUCAAGCAAUAUGUGCUGGCUGGGUAGAUAGGGUUGCUAAACGUAUUACAACUUCUUCUAGAGCCAACAAUGGAGAGAACAUCCCUCGUGGUCUUCGGUAUCAGUCAUGCAUAGUUGACGAAAGUAUUUUCCUCCACUUCCGCUCAUCAGUUUCUGGCCCUGAGUUUCUGGUUUACAAUGAACUGUUAGAGACAAAAAGACCAAACAAAGAAGGGAUCACAACGCAGAGAGCUUACAUGCAUGGAGUAACAAGUGUGAAGCCAACUUGGCUAGUUGAGCAUGCCAAGUCUUCAUGCACCUUCUCUGCACCACUGACAGAUCCUAAACCUUUUUAUGAUGCACAGACUGAUCAAGUAAAAUGUUGGGUCAUCCCAACCUUUGGGCGUUUCUGUUGGGAGCUUCCAAUGCAUUCAUUGCCAAUUCGCGAUGACGAUCAUCGGGUACAAGUGUUUGCCUAUGCUUUGCUUGAUGGCCAGGUAUGUCCAUGUUUAAAAUCGGUUCGAAAUUUCAUGUCAGCCUCUCCUGAAAGUAUUAUGAAGAGAGAAGCAUCUGGUCAUAAAAGGGUAGGAAAUCUUUUAAGCAAGUUAAAAAGCAGGCUAAUUGAUAGCUCUGCUAUGUUGAGAAUGGUUUGGAAGGAGGAUCCAGGGGAGUUAUUUUCAGAAAUUUUGGAUUGGUUUCAGAAGAGUUAUCACAAGGACUUCAAACUUUUAUGGUUAAAGAUGCUUACAGAAGUGCUCCAAGAGACGCAAGAACAGCCUCUACGUGAAAGUUUCAAAAGAAAGUUUAAAGGAAAAUCUUAAUCUCUGCGAUGAUAAUUGUAAUUAUUAGAAAUUGGGAGGCCUAACCAACCCAAAAGCUAGCUCAAGAGUUAAGGUUUGCAUAACCAUAUAUAAGCAAUUGCUUAGCCACAUCUCUAGCCAAUGUGGGACUCUAACAGUAAUAUUAUGGUAAAUUAUUACCAAUUUUGAAUUUGUUUUAAAAUUAAAAUAAUAGAAGUUAAUUGUAAUAUUAUAAGAGGGAUGUAUCUGCA